AUGCACUACAUGAGUAAUAAAACGACUCCAGCUGAAAGAAAAUACCAUAGUUAUUACUUAGAAAUUUUAGCUAUUGUUGCUGCCAUAAAGAAGGUCCGAGUUUACCUUCUUGGGAUAAAUUUUAAAAUAGUUACAGAUUGCUCUGCUUUUACUAUGACACUACAAAAAAAGGACUUACCACCUAAAAUCGCUCAUUGGGGCCUGCUUCUAGAAGAAUACGACUACAAGAUCGAACACAGACCAGGAACACGAAUGAGACACGCCGACGCACUGAGCAGAUAUCAUAUCUGUAUGAUACUACAGCUCGUUCAAAGAAAGCACAGAAUGAAGAUGACUAUGUGA